UCAAUCCCAAUCCGUAGUCUGAUACGGGCUUUACGGUGCCCCACUCCAGGGCUCCGACGCACACGCUGAGAGCCUCUCGGUGAGAGGGCGCGCGGACAGUGUGUGCGGAACAGCUGUAGCGCGCAACACGUGCUCGACACUGUGCCGCAAGUGGUACGUUAAACGUGUACGUAAUAAUACGCGCACGGUACGGCACUCACCGGGCGGCUCCUAGCGAUCCGCGGCGAGAUGAGGGUCCACGACGACGCGGAUUCCAAGCACAGUGCGAUGGAGAAGUCGCCCAAGUUGGCCAUGAAGCGGCCCAACACCGUGGUGUUCCACGAAAAUUCCGCCAAGGUACAGAAAACGAGCGAAAACACCAGAGUCGUGUGCUUCCCGACGAAGAAUAACGAUCGGACGAACGUUGUUGGCUUGCAACUGCGGAGGAAAUCACUGCCCGUGUAUUUGCUCCGUAAACGAUUGGUAGAAGAGAUACGCCGGCACAACACCCUCAUCAUAAUAGGCGAGACCGGCAGCGGUAAAACCACGCAGAUCCCACAGCUGUUGCUCCAGGCCGGGAUCGCUGGGUCGUCCGGCUGCAUCGGCAUCACGCAACCGCGCAGGAUAGCGGCGGUCAGCAUAGCGCGCCGGGUCGCCCUGGAGCAAGGGGCGAAACCGGGAAAAUUGGUGGGCUACUGCGUCCGUUUCGAGGAUUGCACUUCGUCGCAGACGAGGAUCAAAUAUAUGACGGAUGGCAUGAUGGUGCGAGAGGCGAUGACCGAUGAGAUCCUGUCGGAUUACUCGGUGGUGAUACUCGACGAAGCUCACGAGCGAUCCGUGCAAACCGACGUUCUGUUCGGGGUGGCGAGACGAGCGCAGAAUUUGCGAAAGUUGAAGAAUCUGCCGCCUUUGAAACUUUUGAUCAUGUCGGCCACGAUGGACCCCGCUAAGUUCAAGGAGUAUUUCCAAGCACCAGCGUUGUAUUUGGAGGGCCGUCAGCAUCCCGUGAGAAUUUUUCACGCGGUGUCCUCGCAGCAGGAUUAUGCGUUCGCCGCGCUCGCUACGGCGUUUCAAAUUCACCGCGAGGCACCCGCGAACGAGGAUAUUCUCAUCUUUUUGACCGGUCAAGAAGAAAUAGAAGCGGCUAAGGUAGCCGCCCGACAAAUAGCUAAACAACUGGAUGGACAAGAGUAUCCGCCCCUGAAGAUCUUUCCCUUAUACGCGGCGUUGCCCACCAACCAGCAGUUGGAGGCCUUUAAACCUUCGCCACCGGGAAUGCGGAAAUUAAUACUAUCGACAAACGUCGCCGAGACGUCCGUUACGAUUGGCGGAAUUCGCCACGUGAUCGAUACCGGUGUCGUCAAAGCAAGGACGCAUCAUCCCACGACGGGGUUGGACGUAUUGAGGGUCGAGAAAAUCGCACAGGCACAGGCGUUGCAAAGGGCGGGUAGAGCCGCUCGCGAAGCACCGGGUAGGUGUUAUAGAGUUUACACACGAGAGGAAUUCGAGAAGAUGAAGUACAUGCCGAUACCAGAAAUUCAAAGGUGCUCCCUCGCGGGAGUCGCUCUGCAACUGCUCGCCAUUGGCGUCGACAUCACCACCUUCGAUUUCAUGGACAAACCGCCCAAGGAGAGUAUAGACGUCGCUGUGAACAGUUUGGAAAAGUUGGGCGCGGUUAAAGGAUCUCCACCGCAGCUGACUACGCUCGGCCGAACGAUGUCACUAUUCCCGUUAGACCCUCGAUUUACCAAAGUGAUCCUCGCGUCGGUGGAGCACAGGUGUCUGGAGGAAGCACUGACGGUUAUCGCUUUAUUAUCGGGAGAAUCGAUUUUCAUGGACUCACCCGCGAAGAGGGAACAGGCCUACAAUGCACGCUUACGAUUUGCUUCGCCCGAGGGGGAUCACGUAACGUUGUUGAAUGUGUUCCGGGCAUACGGAAACCAAAACGAGACGCAGAAGAAGGAGUGGUGCCGCGCUAACUUCUUACACCACCGAAAUCUCGAGUACGGGUCGGAAGUGAGGCAACAGCUUGCGGCGUUGGCGGAACGUGCGAAUUUGCAGAAGGCGAGCUGCGGAACGAAUACGAAGCAACUCAGAAAAGCUUUCCUCGAGGGAUUAUACGAGAACCUCGCCGAGCUGCAGAGGGACCAGACGUAUGUCACGGUGUACUCGAAGCAGCCGGUAACCAUACACCCUUCCUCGGCGUUGCACGGUACGAAGCCGCCGUUGCUGCUGUUCACGGAGGUCGUAGCCACCGGAAGAUGUUACCUUCGCUGUCUGUCUACCAUCGAUCCGGCGUGGUUGACGCAAAGAAACACCGGCCCUGGCAAACGCGACUGACGCAAUUUUUUUAUCCUAUGACGUUAUUUAUACAGAGCUUAUUUUUGUUGACGUGUGGUGGAACAAUUGAGGCCACUGAGUAACGGAGGCGGCGCGGUGAUGUUUUUCCCGAAUGACAAAUCGAUCGAUAGAUAAUACGAGAAACGGCAUUGAGCGAAGAACAAUCACCGCGUUGUGCUCCUUUGUACGUUUAUUCAGCGGUGCCAAUUGCGUCACCGGGCCUUCUCUCACGUGGGUGCAGUUUUGUUGUAGAUACACGUUUAAGAAUCGUCACAUUUACCACUUGUACACUUUAAACGCUGUUAUUAAAUUUAGUUAAUAUAAA